AUGACCGGCUCUUCGAUAUCCCUCCAAGUCCUCCACCAGCUUAUUACCGCCACAAUGCCUCAGGAUAUGCCCCCAACGGGGGGCUACGCUCAAGUCCAGUACAAGCGUAACCUCCCCGCCCGCGGCUUCAAGCCCGGCUACUACAUGAUCGGCAUGCACCUUAUUAUGGCCUACGGUUUCUACAAGUACUUCCACGGUGUCCGUGAGCAGCGUGAGCUCGCACGCGAGAAGAUGUGGUCCCGUCUGCACCUCACUCCUCUCCUCCAGGCCGAGGAGGACCGCGACCAGGUCCGCCGGUACUACGCCGACAAGGCGCGCGAGAAGGAGCUUCUCGGUACCGAGUCCAAGAUCUACAACUCCGAUCGCUUCGUUCGCCCUACUUUCGCCUAUACCCCCUCCAACCUCACCCAAUAG